AUGCCGAAUUCCACCGCCAUCUGUCUGAAGAUUCGCUGGCCUUCUUCCACCAGCCCGCCAUGGGCGCACGCCGAGAGCAGGGCGAUGAAGGUGACGUCGUCUGGUUCCACUCCACGGCGGGACAUCUCCUCAAACAGAGCCAGAGCCUCUCCGCUCUGGCCGUGGGCACCAAGUCCCCAGAUCAUGGUCGUCCACGAGAUUACGCACCUCAUAGUCAUCUGA